CGUCAUGGAUAACAGUGAAUCGGAAAAAAAUAAGAAAAUUAAUGAAGUUGACUUGGACGAAGUCUUGCCAAUCAUCGGAGAGUUUGGUCGCUAUCAAAAGUUAUUGUUAUGGCUCGUCUGUCUGCCCGCAUGUAUACCGUGCGGUUUUGGAGCGUUUAACCAACUGUUCAUGUCCGACGUUCCCCCUCAUUGGUGUUUGGAACCGCAGCUGUCUAAUUUCACUGCGGAACAGAGAAAACAAAUUUAUGAACAAAGUAACGUAACUCAAGUAAAAAAUGGAUGUAUGCGGUAUGCAGUUAACUGGACAGAAGUCUUGGUGUCUUCUGAAGUUCACGGAAAUUUGGAGCAGUUGGUAAAUGAAAGUUGGCCGUUAGAGAAAUGUAACAGUUGGGAAUAUGAUACGAGCUUCGUACAGUCUUCAAUUGUAAUCGAUUUUGAUUUGGUUUGUGAGCAUGACAUAUACCCGACGAUUGGACUAGCAGCCCUAAACUUAGGAGGACCAAUUGGAGUUUACUUUUUUGGUGUUUUAAAUGACAGAAUUGGAAGAAGGAAAUCGUAUUUUUUCUGUUUGGCUACAUUAAUUAUUGGUAGCUUGUUAACAGCUUGCGCGAUGAAUUUCUGGUGGUGGGCUACUUCCAGAGUAAUUGUAGGUUUGACUAUACCUGCUGUUUAUCAAAUCCCAUUUAUUAUAUCUCUGGAACUCGUAGGACCAAACUACAGGUCGUUCAUUACCGUGAUGACGUGCAUGUUCUACACGCUCGGUCUGAUGCUGUUGUCUGGUGUUACGUACUAUGUGCGCAAUUGGGUAUACUUGGCGUUGGCGACAUCCACCCCGUUCACAUUGUACUUUAUAUACUGGUGGUUCCUUCCGGAAUCACCAAGAUGGUUAUUGGCUAAAGGCCGGAUCGAAGAGGCGUUGAAAAUAUUGGAAACCUUAGCUCGAAUCAAUGGAACCGUGCUGCCAGAUACGUUCAAACAGAAAUUGAAGCAAAAAAUGAUGAUGGAACGCACUCUGAGUGAAGAAAAACGUUUGAAAGAAGGACCAGGAGUUUUGGCCUUGUGUCGGACGCCCAACAUGCGAUUAAAGUCGAUCUUAAUAACGUUCAACUGGUUUGCCAACGAUAUGGUGUAUAUUGGACUGAGCUAUUAUGGUCCAUCGUUGGGACAAAAUCAAUACUUGAGCUUUCUACUGUCAUCUGUCGUGGAAGUUCCUAGCUGUCUGGUAUGUUGGCUGCUUAUGGAUCGAUGGGGUCGGCGGUGGCCCCUGUGCUUAGCGAUGACAUUAAGCGGUAUUAGUUGUAUCAUUACCGUCACCUUGCCUCCAGAUGCUGUGAUUACUACACUGGUUUUGUUUUUAUUUUCUAAGUUCACAAUAUCAGCUUCGUUUCUAAUAAUCUAUCCAUUUGCCGGUGAACUCUAUCCGACACAAUUGCGUGGAAUUGGUAUUGGAACCUCUGCGUACAUCGCCGGUCUUGGUUUGGUAUUAAUACCAUUUAUUAACUAUUUGGGACGUGAAAAUUUAGUAUUACCACUGUUGAUAAUGGGUAUACUAUCAGUGAUUGGUGGAAUUACCGGUCUCCGUCUUCCUGAGACAUUGCAUUAUAAGUUACCACAGACAGUCGAAGAGGGAGAAGAAUUUGGAAAGAACUGGACUAUGGCGGAUUGUAUAACUUGUAUUCCCAAAAGACCUUCAGAGCAUUCAAAUUCAUAUGAAGACCUAACUGAAAAAAUGGAAAUGUUUCCUACGACAGAGACGACGGCACUUGCAACAGGAAGUACUAGUGGCAGAUCUAAAUUCACUAGGCAACAGAGUAUCAUGGAAACACCACUAGACUCUUCGGGCGUAGUCAAAAUGACUUGCUGGUUUUAGUAGAUUUGUUUGUUUUUUUUGAUUCAUAUUGUUGUUUAUUAUUAUAAUUUAGAUGAUCGGUGCCUAGAAUAGAAAGUGUCAAAGAUAUUCUGCAUAAUAAGAUAUGUAGAAAUUUUUUUAAACAUAAUUUCUGAAGUAGAUAAGGUUUAUUUUAGAUGAAUUUAUUAUUCUAUAGUUCAGUGGUUUUCAAACUGGGUGCCGCGGCACACUGGUGUGCCGCGAGUAUGCACUAGGUGUGCCGCGGUUUUUCCAUAAAUUACCGAUUGCAUUGAAUUGCAAUAUAAGAAAAUAAAUGCUUUCAAUCUCUA